CCUUCAGUGCCAAAAGGAGGAGAAACAACAAGCCGCCAUUUUGUUUUGUGCGGCCAGAGGAGCGGAGGAGGCACGAGAGGCAGACCGAACAGAGCCGCUCCAACCCCGGGCACGGCGCGCACUGAGAGCCGCGGUCUACUGAAAGAACAGGAGAGAAGAGAAAGGUGGAGAAAAAAACGACAGAUCGAGAUAAAAAACAGAAAAAUCCACUCGGUGAAAAUCCGAAGAAGAGGCGGAAGGGGAUUUAAAAAAAAAAAAAAAAAAAAAAAAAAAAAAAAACAGAGGAAAAAAAAAAACAACAACCCUGCGGAGGACAAGAGACGGAGAGAAAAGAGGGGAAAAAAAUACAAUUCUUCUCUUUUACACUUUUUUUUUUUUUUUUGUCGGUGAGUACAGAAUGGAUGCGAAAUGAAAAGACGGAGGACGGCGUAAAAGUGAAGGACGUCCACAACAAAGUGAAGAAAAGAACCGAGAAGAAGUGAGAGAAAGAGAGAAAGAAGGGAGAAAUGAAGGCGCAGGGGGUCACGGCACCAGAAAAGCCUGGGGCGCGUUUAUCAGAACCCCGAAAUAUCUCGCAGUGCUCAUCUCGGAUCUGAUCUAAAAACCUUCACCAUUAAUGCGCCUGGAUUCCGUCUGCACUCGUCUCAUCACGGGCUUUUUCUCCUUUACCUGAUUGCUCACGGAUUUGUUCCCCAUUUCUUCUACUUACAAGCUCGAUUAGAGUUGGUUAGAACCACAAAGUGAGCAGAUCCAUCCAGCACUGCUACAGUUCUCUCUCUCUCUCUCUCUCACACAAUGUCCACCAACAACACUACUGCACAAACAGAAGAAAUCCUACUCCUUAUCGAAGUGUAAACGACUACGAGUUUUCCUUUUCACACUGAGCCAUCGGAUCCUGAACCUCGACUGAUUUCUUCGCACGCACGAACGUCAGACGUCGUCCGCACGCAGGAGGUUCUUCGAUUCUUCUGAGCCGUUUUAGCUGUAGAUCAGUGCAUAUGUGCUUAAGAGAUGCGGUCCUGCACGAUCUGUGGUUCCGUCCCAUCGCGAAAACACUAAGGUGCGUUCGGGAACGCUGCUGUCCGUGGAGUUGGUGGUGCAUCUGGAUGGUUCUUCAGCACACGAGUGGUAUUUCGUGCCAGUGUAUUAGUCCUGCAGAAGCACAGAUGACUUUAUCUGGAUCGAAUCAAGUUUUUUUGAACGGUGUUGCACGUGCACGUCGGUUACGUGAACCGUGACGUGUUCGUUUUCACGUAUUGUAAAGUUGCCGUAUCGAUGAGGCGAGAUUCGAGUACUUCCUGGAUGACUUCUGGAAUCGACCGAUUAACCGAGCCAAUAAGCUGGAGGCAGAUGGCUCUGACUGCCAUGGAGAAUUUCAGGAUUGUGGAGAUCUUCAGGACCACCGUAUGAGACGAAUUUCAUGAACCUGGCACAGAAUUCUGUUUGGCUUCUGACCGCAUUGAGUUUCCCAUCAAUCCCCAGUUCGAUUGGCGUCCAGAUGAACUAGGCAACUAAAACACUAUGAUAAUCCAGAGACGUCCAAGAAAAUCGCCCCGGUUUCUCGAUAAUUUGUCUAAACCGAUGAAAUAAACUUGAGGGAAAUUGGCAUUAUAAUUGAGGGAAUUUCAGAUUUGACUUUUCCUCUAUUGGUUUUAUGAAAGUGGACAAAUUUUAAGAAAUUCCUCAAAUAUUUCCUCACCCGGACAAGGGAAUUGUCCUAUCCUGUGCGGAUAUAUAUGCUUUAAUACAGAAUCGGUGGAGAAAUAUGGCCGAUAAUGUUUUGGACUCGGGGCCGUCUUCAGCCAAAAGGCCUAAAUUGUCCUCUCCUGCUCUCUCGGGUUCUGCGAGCGAUGCGAAUGACUUCAGUUCCCUCUUCGACCUGGAGCAUGACCUUCCUGAUGAGCUCAUCAGUUCAUCUGACUUGGCACUGCCCAACGGAGGGGUCGAGGUGUGCCCGCCUUCCUCCCUCGGCCCGAUUCAGGACACGGCCGCCAAACACAAGCAGCUGUCCGAGCUCCUGUGCUCCGCCUCGCCGCAGCAGCAGCAAGGAGGUAUGAUGGCACCGGCCGGCUUUAACAGGCCAAUGAUGGCAGCACAGAAAGGAAACGGGCAGACGCAGGGCAUUAUGGGAGGGCAAGCCAUGAACGGGGUACCCAGGAUGGGUUACGUGAACGCUAAUGCUGGCAUGAACAUGGCUGACCCUCUGCAGCAGCAGCAGCUCAGAGCUCAGCAACCUGGAGCCGUCAACAAGAUGAUGGCCGGUGCUGGCUCCGCCCCCUUCAUGCCUCCUUACUCCCAUGGCGGAGCUCAGUCAUCUCUUGCCCCGUCUCUGCAGAACAAAGCGUCUCCGACCCUGUCCCAGUUUGGCGUGGACCAGAAAGCCCAGCCUGGUCAGAGUGUCCCCGGCCUGGCGGUGGCGCCCCCUGUGGCUGAUCCUGAGAAGAGGAAGUUGAUCCAGCAGCAGCUUGUCCUCCUCCUUCACGCUCAUAAGUGUCAGCGUCGGGAGCAGAGUAACGGAGAGCUGUCUCACUGCAGUCUGCCUCACUGCAGGACCAUGAAGAAUGUGCUCAAUCACAUGACCCACUGUCAGGCCGGGAAAACCUGCCAGGUGGCUCACUGUGCAUCGUCAAGGCAGAUCAUCUCUCAUUGGAAGAACUGCACUCGACAUGACUGUCCCGUCUGUCUGCCUUUGAAAAAUGCAGGAGACAAGAGGAACCAACAAUCUCUGUUAGGUGGAGCCAGUGUGGCAGUGGGUGGGUCUGUGGGUGCCUCCACCCCCUGUGCCCCGCCCUCAGGAUCCAGUCUGAACUCAGCGGGUCAGAUUGACCCGAGCUCCAUCGAGAGAGCAUACGCUGCACUCGGGCUCAGCUACACCGGCCAGACGGGUCAAAUUACACCCUCUACUGCAAUGGGUGCUAAUCAGGUUGGUGUUAAUGGCAGUGUUGGUGUUCAGGCACAAACCCAGCAGUCCAACCAUCUACCAGACGCUCUGUUACACCGAAACAUCAACACACACAGUCUGAUGACUGAUGGAGGAGGGGCGGGGCCUAUGAGUUCUGGUCCUAUAGCCACACCCCCUUCUUCAGGAAUGAGGAAGAGUUGGCAUGAGGACAUCACACAGGACCUGCGGAACCACCUUGUCCACAAACUUGUCCAGGCCAUCUUUCCUACCCCGGAUCCUGCGGCUCUGAAGGACAGGAGGAUGGAGAACCUGGUGGCGUAUGCACGCAAAGUAGAGGGAGACAUGUACGAGUCCGCCAACAGCAGAGCUGAAUAUUAUCACCUGCUUGCGGAGAAGAUCUAUAAGAUCCAGAAGGAGUUGGAGGAGAAGAGAAAAACUCGACUACAGAAACAGACUACACACACAGAAAAUGGUCCUCUGGCAGAUCCGUCACUUCUUCGUCCCACUGGACCGAACCAGAUGGUCAACAGAAUGCCAAAUCCUGCUGGUAUGACUCAGUUCGGUCAGAUGGGAGCACAGCCACAGCACAUGAACCAGCUGGGCAUGCAGGGAGUACCCAGAAUGGCGCAGUCCAACAUGACUCAGCUACAGAACCAGUUCAACCAGAACCAGUUCCCGUUAUCUGGUUCCGGCUCGGUCCAGAUGUCCACUCCACCGCUGCUCAAUAGUCCAGCAGUCCAGACUCCACCCACAAGCUCCACAUCUAACCUUCCACCUGCUUCACAACUCCAGACUCCGCCCAUACACCAAACCGCACCCUCACCAGCUGCAAGACUCACGCCCACCCCUCGCCAGACUCCGCCCCCUUUGCCUGGCAAUCAGACGCCACAGCCACAAACGCCCAACUCGGGCAUCAUGGCACCACCCACCCCACAGCAGCAGCAGCAGCUGGACCGAGCCAAUCAGAUGCAGUCGCAGGGAGGCGGAGCCUCUGAAGCAUUGUCUGUGCCUUCCCAGGAUGCUCAGGGGCCAAACUCUCAGUCACAGUCUCCGCCAUGUCAAAAGCCACCAGUGAUGCCGGACGCUCCGUCGCUGACCCCGGCCUCAGCGGGCUCCGUCGACCCUGAGAUUAACUCGGCCCCUGAAACCGAUAUAAAAAUGGAGGUCAAAAAACAGGAGGAGGAAGAGGAGGAGACUCGGGAGGAAGAGGCAAAAAUGAAGAUAGAAGCCGUGCAGGAGGAGGUGAAGACCGAGGAGAACCCGGAGAUUAAGAAAGAGGAGCCAGAGACUGAGUUGCGUAAGGCGGAGCCUAUGGAGGCGUCGACCGAGAGGACGGGAGAAGACAAGAAGCCUGAGAUAAAGUCUGAACCCAAAGAGGAAAAAGAGGGAAAAGAGACGACAAACGACUCGUCCACAGAGAGCAAGAAGAAGAUCUUUAAACCGGAGGAGAUGCGUGAGGUUCUCAUGCCUACACUGGAGGCUCUCUACAAGCAGGAUCCUGAGUCUCUGCCCUUCCGCCAGCCCGUUGACCCGCAGAUCCUCGGCAUCCCUGACUACUUUGACAUCGUGAAGAACCCCAUGGACCUGUCCACUAUAAAGCGGAAGCUGGACACGGGUCAGUACCAGGAGCCGUGGCAGUACGUGGACGACAUUUGGCUGAUGUUCAACAACGCCUGGCUUUACAACCGCAAGACCUCUCGCGUGUAUAAAUACUGCUCCAAACUGGCCGAGGUGUUCGAGCAGGAGAUCGACCCCGUCAUGCAGAGCCUCGGCUUCUGCUGCGGCCGCAAGCUGGAAUUUUCUCCUCAAACUCUGUGCUGCUACGGGAAGCAACUGUGCACAAUCCCUCGAGACGCUGCCUACUUCAGCUACCAAAACAGUUCACCCAAAUAUGGGCUUCUUGCUAACAGGUACCACUUCUGUGAGAAGUGUUUCAAUGAAAUCCAGGGUGAGAACGUGUCCCUGAGCGACGACCCCACGCAGCCACAAACAUCCAUCAAUAAAGACCAGUUUGAAAAAAAGAAGAACGACACACUGGACCCUGAGCUGUUUCUGGAAUGUUCUGACUGCGCUCGUAAAAUGCAUCAGCUCUGCGUCCUGCACAACGAGACGAUAUGGCCGUCAGGCUUCGUAUGCGAUGGCUGUCUCAAGGCAUCCAAUAAGUCCAGGAAGGAGAAUAAAUACAACGCCAAAAGGCUUCCUCAAACAAAGCUGGGCAACUUCCUGGAGACGCGAGUGAACGAGUUCCUGAAGCGACAGAGUCAUCCAGAAACCGGCGACGUUACUAUCCGUGUGGUUCAUGUUUCGGACAAAAUGGUUGAAGUGAAGCCAGGAAUGAAGUCCAGAUUUGUGGACAGCGGUGAAAUGGCUGAGUCUUUUCCCUACCGGACGAAAGCUCUGUUUGCGUUCGAGGACAUCAACGGGGUGGAUGUGUGUUUUUUCGGAAUGCAUGUACAAGAAUAUGGCUCGGAUUGUCCUCCACCCAAUCAGAGACGUGUGUAUAUCUCCUACCUGGACAGUGUGCACUUUUUUCAGCCACGUCACCUGAGGACAGGUGUGUAUCACGAGAUCUUAGUCGGGUACCUGGAAUAUGUGAAGAGAUUAGGGUUCACUACAGGACAUAUCUGGGCGUGUCCGCCAAGUGAAGGAGAUGACUAUAUCUUCCACUGUCACCCGCCGGAUCAGAAGAUCCCCAAACCCAAACGGCUGCAGGAGUGGUACAAGAAGAUGUUAGACAAGGCUGUAGCAGAGCGAAUUGUUCAUGAUUACAAGGACAUCUUUAAACAGGCAACUGAGGAUCGCCUAACAAGUGCAAAGGAGCUGCCUUAUUUUGAAGGAGAUUUCUGGCCCAACGUGCUAGAAGAGAGCAUCAAAGAGCUUGAGCAAGAAGAGGAGGAGAGGAAAAGGGAGGAGAAUAGCACCUCCAAUGAAAGCGUUGAUGCCACCGAGGGUGACAGCAAGAACGCGAAGAAAAAGAACAACAAGAAGACAAACAAGAACAAAAGCAGCAUGAGCCGAGCCAACAAGAAGAAACCAGGCGUUCCCAAUGUCUCAAACGACCUAUCCCAAAAACUAUACGCCACCAUGGAGAAACACAAAGAGGUCUUCUUCGUCAUCCGUCUCAUUGCUGGACCUGCCGUCAACUCGCUACCUGCUAUUAUAGACCCAGACCCCUUGAUGGCAUGCGACCUGAUGGAUGGACGUGAUGCCUUUCUGACGCUGGCUCGUGACAGGCACCUGGAGUUCAGCUCUUUGCGAAGAGCCAAGUGGAGCUCAAUGUGUAUGCUGGUGGAACUGCACAACCAAAGCCAGGAUCGCUUUGUCUACACCUGCAAUGAGUGCAAACAUCAUGUGGAGACACGCUUCCACUGCACCGUCUGUGAGGACUAUGACCUUUGCAUCACUUGCUAUAAAACUAAGGGUCAUGAGCACAAGAUGGAGAAGCUUGGUCUGGGUCUGGACGAUGAGAGUGGCAACCAGGCAACUGCGGCCACACAGAACCCUGGUGAUUCUCGUCGUCUUAGCAUCCAGCGCUGCAUCCAGUCUCUGGUGCAUGCCUGUCAGUGUCGCAAUGCUAACUGCUCCCUGCCGUCUUGCCAGAAGAUGAAGAGGGUGGUGCAGCACACGAAGGGCUGCAAGCGCAAGACAAAUGGUGGAUGUCCCAUCUGCAAGCAGCUCAUCGCUUUGUGCUGCUAUCAUGCCAAACACUGCCAGGAGAACAAGUGUCCUGUGCCAUUUUGCCUCAACAUAAAGCAGAAACUCAGACAGCAGCAGCUGCAGCACAGACUACAGCAAGCGCAGAUGCUGCGUAGGCGCAUGGCCACUAUGCAGCGGACUGGGCAGCCUCCUCUUGGUAGUGGACCACCUGGAGGGAUGCCAUCUCCAGGAAACAACUGCACCACGGGUCGUAGCACACCAACAUCAGUGGGUACCCAGCCUCCCACCCCUCAGACACCUACCCAACAGAGUCUUGCACCUGUGCCCCAGCCUGGAAUGGGAGGCAUUCCUGUUGCAUCCCCUCAGCAGCUACAGCAACCACAGGGAAACAUGCCUCCCCAGCACCCUGCCCAUCAACAAUUUCAACAAAUGCAAGGUGCUCCAGGAAUGAUGACCUCUCCCCAGCCCCAAAUGGUUUCUCAACAACAGACAGGACAGUCACCACAUCCCAACAGCUUGUCUCAGUAUGGCCCACGACCCCCAGUCUCUACAGGCAAACCAGGCCUGGGUCCUGCAAGCCCCAGCAGCUUAGGGACAGGCCCACUGCAGCAAUCAGGUCCUCCACCGGCAGCUGUGGAGAUUGCAAAGAAGAUCCAGCAAGUGGCAGAUGCACAAAGAAAUAUGGCAAAAGCUCAACUAUUGCAGAGGCAAGCUACUCAGCCAGGCAUGAUGCCGUCUCACCCACACCCACAACCCCAAGUGCAAAUGGGGAUGACCCAUCCAGGAGUUGGAAUGGUAGGUGGAACAGGGCUCCCUCCUCAUGCCCAAGCUACUGUAUCCCGAGGCCCAAUAGACCAGCAGCAGGCACUUCAAGGAAUGAUGGUUGGAGCAGGAACCAUGCAGCAGCAACCUGUACCACAAGCUAAUUCACAGGGCCAGCUUCCUCCACAGGUGCAAAUGCAGCAAAGAGCUAAUGUGCAGCUUCAGCCUUCUGCUCAGCAGCAAUGGACAGGACAGGGGAUUCCACCUCAGCAGAGACCUCCCGUUAUGAACCAGCCGGGAGUGGCUACAAUGCAGCAACAAAUGCAGCAGCCUCAACCACCACAGCAGCAACAGCAAAUGCCAAAUCACAAUGCCUUGAUGAAUAUGGUGCAGGGUGGACUGCAGGGUGGCGCUGCAGGUGGAAUAGCAGGUGGAAGUCUUCCUCAGGGAACCGUGCAGGAACUCCUGCAAACACUUCGGUCACCUAGCUCACCUCAGCAGCAGCAGCAGGUUCUCAACAUUCUCCGAUCCAACCCACAACUAAUGGCUGCAUUUAUAAAGCAGCGGGUUUACAAGUAUAAAAAUGGGCCAGGAGGGCUCCCUCCUGCUGGUGCACAGGGAGGGCCAGGGCCCAUGAGCAGCCAGUCAGUAGGAAUCAGUGCUUGUGGUAUUCAGCCAUCCAUGAAUAUGGGACAAGCCCAACUUGCUCAGCUCCAACAGCAACAACAGCAAAUGCAACAACCUCAGAGGCCCAUGCUUCAGCAACAAGUCACCGGGUUACAACAGCAGCAACAACAAGGAAUACCAGGGCAAGUGCCUCCCAACAUGGCCAACAUGAAUCCACAGUUCAGAGAGCUUUUGUUAAGAAGACAACAGCAGAAACUACAGCUUCAAAAACAACAACAACAACAACAGCAACAACAGCAGCAGCAGCAGUCAGGGGGAAAUCAUGCUGCAUUCCCACAGCAGCAGGGCUACAUUGGUCAGCAGUCACAACCAGGGGUGCAACCUGGGGCCCAGCAGCAGGGUUAUCCUGGCAACUCAGCACAGCAGCAGGGCUACCCAGGCAAUUCAGCCCAGGGCUUCCCGGGUAAUGCUGCACAGCAGCAAGCAUACCCUGCCAAUCCACAACAGCAGCAGGGUUACCCAGGCAAUUCGGCCCAGCAGCAGGGUUACCCAGGCAAUUCGGCCCAGCAGCAGGGUUAUCCAGGUAGCUCAGCUCAGCAGCAGGGUUACCCAGGCAACUCAACCCAGCAGCAGGGUUUUCCAGGCAACUCAACCCAGCAGCAGGGUUUUCCAGGCAACUCAACCCAGCAGCAGGGUUUUCCAGGCAACUCAACCCAGCCGCAGGGUUUUCCAGGAAACUUGACCCAGCAGCAGGGUUUUCCAGGAAACUUGACCCAGCAGCAGGGUUUUCCAGGAAACUCGGCACAGCAGCAGGGCUUCCCAAGCAACACUGCACAGCAACAGGCUGCUGCAGCAGCCUUGCAGCAGAGACUGCAGCAUCAACACAGGUUGCAAAUGCAGCAGCAGAAUGCUGGGCUGCAAGGGCCUGAUAGAGGAGGUGCACAGAUGCAGCCAGGACAAGGAGGUGCACAGCCUUCAUCAUCUCCGGCAAUGCUGCAGCAAGCAAUCCACCAGCGACUGCUGCAGCAACAAAAGCAGCACCUAGGUGGGACUUCACCUGCACAGCAGAACAAUCCCAUGAGCCCACAACAGCAAAUGUCACAAUCACCUCACCUACAGGGCCAGCCACUGCCCAACUCUCUCAGCAACCAAGUGCGAUCGCCUCAACCCUCCCCUCGUCCACAAUCACAGCCUCCACACUCAAGUCCAUCCCCACGAAUGCAGCAGCCCCAGACAGCUUCCCCACACCCCGCCCAUCUUCAGCAGCACCUACCUGGCAUGGCUCCUCCACCACCUCCUCCCCAGCUACAACAGAAUGCUAUGGACCCUGGUGGGAAUCCGAUGCUGCCGCAUCUCGGCGGCAUGGUGGGACUCCAUCCUUCAGGAACAAAGGACAUACGGCCCCCUAGUGGGCAGGAUCUUGGGGUGAAUAUGAACCCAUUGGACAUAUAGUUAGAAAACCUUGCCAGAGACAGUGUUAGCUUUGUUUUUUAUAUAUUACGGUUAUUAAUUAUUUAAAUUUUUCUUAACUAUGAACACCUUGAACUCUGAUCUUCCUAUGGGAGAUGCAGAAAUUACAGAACCGGAAUGUUAUGAGUAUGAACGCUAAAUUAUGGCUCUUUUCCUUGUCCUUUCUGUUUUUGCCAAUUGUGAACAAAUAAAGGCUUGUUUCUCAGA